GGUUGCUAUAACACUGCAGUCUUUUUUUCUUCUUCCCUCAUCCAAGGAAGGUGUCUCUCUCUCUUCUUCUGGAAAUGACCCUGGCAGAUACUUCACUCUAGUUACCCACCUGGAGAGGAAGAGGAGAAAACAAACAAAAGGGGUGCACAGAAGGGAGGGAGAGAAGAGGAGAGGGAACCUGAAUGCAAUGCUCUACUGGCUGGACUGUGAAACUGAUAUACAGAAAGGGAGGGAGACAGAGGUAAAGAAGGAGUGAGGCAAGUAGCAGGUAGACCUGCGAAACAGCAGCUGCGGGAAGGGGAACAGAGGAAAAGCAGAAAGGGGGAGUUAGAGAGGAGAAAGAGAGAACGAACCAGGACGAACAGGAAAACCAGGCAAGGAAAGUGGUAGAGCGCUCACUUAAAGGAAACCAAUGAAUUCUCUCCUCAUUUCAGUUACCUAUCCUUUUCUCACGUAUCUUUUCCUUUCACUCAUCCCCACGCAUUCACCUCAGUGUUGUCUCUUGGUCUGCACAUCUUCUCUCCUUUUAACUUUUCUGCAUGUGAGGGAAAGUGGAGCCAAGACAAUGGACACUGGUGAACAUUCAGAAUCAAUUCCAACUGGAUGUAGUACUAGCGUGCGGUCUUAAUGGAGAAGUGGUUCUGGUGUAAAAGAGACUGAUUGGCUAAAACCCUGUUGUUGUUGUCAAGAGUGACUGUUUUCUCUGCCAGAGCGCACCUGCUCCGGAAUUUCUAAUGGCACCAGAUGUGACGUAUCACUCAGCCAACCGAUCAGAUGAGAGCAGUUCUGGAUGUGCCAAGCGCUCUUGCAAUUAUGUGCGUCCGAUUCACCUGAGAUUAGCAGGAAUUGGAAAAACUAAAGCUUCUUUGUGAAAGACAAGUGUAGUUGUGGGAUUUGGGAAAGGAACAUAUAAUGAACAGGUGUUGUAGGAUUAAGCAACGUUAAAACGGGAAUAUACAGGUGUAGGAUUACGAAUGAAGGCACUCUGGAUAACCACAGAUGACAAGACAUCGUCCACAGACGAAUUUGAGGUGAUGUGUUUUAAUCUUAGCUGGUCUAUCACUGCAGGGGCACAGUUGGACUGCAUGCCUAAUCACGCUUCAGUUUCUGUGGUGAAAUCACUGUAGGCUGGUUUGCUUAGAAACUAUUGGGAACAGGUGCUAUUCCACAUUACUGGCACCACAACUAUGCACAUUUGUCCCCUGAGGACACGCUAUUUGUACUUUGUGUCUCUGUUUAGGUCUUAAGUGACUUUUUUUGUGUGGGCUCUCAAAGACCUCUUGAAGCUCUUGAGGGGGUUGAAAUAAAACUUUGGCUGUUGCUAGCGACUCACCUCUGGUUGGUCCAUGAGGCGCUCGAGCACGGACGAGACGCCUUACCGGCGCAGUCCCUCACUGGACAGCAAGCCCGAGACGCCACCCUUCAACUCGGGUUUCCACAGCUACAGUGGCGAGUACGAGUAUAAACGUCCGCCCUUUGCAUUCGGCUUCCACACGGCGCCGGGUCCGCAGGCGGCUAAAGGCCGCUACACCACCUCGCAGGGGAAGAAGUAUGUGGUGUUUUACCUGGACCUCUCCUUCAUCUUCCUCCUAGAGCUGCGGCGCUGCAGGAUGGCUGAGGGCUGCAUGAGGAGCCUGCGCUACGGUAUGGUCUUCUUCAACCUCCUCUUCUGGUUGGGGGGUUGUGGAAUACUGGGCGUGGGGGUAUGGCUGUCAGUGACCCAGGGCAACUUUGCCACACUCUCCUCAUCCCUCCCAUCCCUCUCAGCAGCCAAUCUACUCAUUGCGGUCGGGACCAUCAUCAUGGUGAUUGGUUGCCUCGGCUGUGUCGGAGCUGUCAAAGAAAGUCGUCCGCUAUUGCUGAGUUUCUUCAUCCUCCUUCUGCUGAUCUUCUUCUUGGAGAUUCUGUCCAUCAUGCUCUUCUUUGUUUACCAAGACCAGAUUGAUCACUAUGCCCAGAGGGAUUUGAAGAGGGGACUCCAGCUCUUUGGCACCGAAGGCAACGUAGGCUUGACCAAUGCCUGGAUGAUCGUACAAACUGAUUUCCGCUGCUGUGGCGUGACCAACCAUACGGACUGGUUUGAGGUGUACAAUGCCAGCCGCGUGCCCGAUUCCUGCUGUCUGGAGUACAGCGACAACUGUGGCCUCGUGAACCCAGGGACCUGGUGGACCGCGCCAUGUUACGAGCGGGUGAAGGAUUGGAUACAACAGAAUCUGGUGGCCCUGUGGAUAUUUGCCUUGUGUACGGCACUCACACAGAUUCUGGGUUUGGUCUUCUCUAUGACCAUGUUCUGCCAAGCAGUCAAAGUGGAGACCUUCUACGCCUAGCAGUGUCCCCUCUUUGCCCCAAAGGACUCUGUGAAUGAGUGAGGCACACACCUCUCUCUCUCUCUCUCUCUCUAGGACAGACCUUUCUCACCAACGACUCGCCGACCAAUCCUCAUGUAAACAUCUUCACAACGACCUGUACUGUAAAACAAGCACAAUGUACUAUCGGGAGCCAAUGGAUGUUUUUUUGCUGAAUUAAAUGUUAUUCGCUCAUUUUGUGGUCAACAUAUAUAUGUAAUAUAUAGGAGUAAUCCUUUUUUUUAAAGAUUUGUUUUAAAUGAUUUUGAAUCAUUCUAUAAUCUUAAGUGUUUUUGAAACGAGAGGAGAGCUAAGGAAUGCAGGUCAAGAGUGCAUUUAUUAAGACAGGCCAUAUGAGUAGUAAAGUGCAUGGCUCUUAUAAUGGUGUUAGUAAAUGUUUGGCUCAUCCAAAUCAACUUUUCCUUGAGUUUUUUAUUUAUUUUUUAUUCCAACGUCAAGAAAUACUGUAAAUUAUAGUGUGUUGUAACAGUGAAUUCAUAAUAAUACUUAUUUAAUAAACAAGUUCAUCUGUAGGGA